UUCAAAGGUAUACAAUAAAGAAAUUGCAACAAGUCCGUAGAGUUUAACUAAAACUUCGCAUAGAUUUGAUGUAAAAAUUGUUUUACCUGCUAUAAAAUAUGGCGCGUUUGGUUCAACGACCUCCGAAAUAUCUGCCCGAAGAAUGGCAUCAUUCAAAUAAGCUAAAAUACUCGAGCGCUGAAAAGGAACGAGCAAGCGCUGAACGCAUUCGCGAUGAAACAAGUCGCUUGGUUCUUGAGACCGACCAAACCACGUCGAAAACCCAACAAGAUGUCGAUGUGAAGCUAAGCCAGCGUUUGACCGAUGUGAAUUACUGGAAAGGCGAGUUGGAUCGACAACACGCCGAGUCGAUGAGCGAAAUCGAGAAUUUGUUGACGUUCAAAGCAAGACUGGAGAAAGCCAUUGUUGACAUUGAGAUACCGCUAAAGGUUGUUUCUGAUUGCUUGGUCGUCAGGGAGGAGAGGGUUAAGAUCGAUAAUGUUCAUGAUGAUGUUGAAGUUCAGUUGUUGAAGGAAGUUGAAGUUCUGCAAGGUGUUGAAUCAUUGUUAAAAAGAACCUUGGAACAGACCAUUGAACAAAUCAGACUAAUGAGAUCUGCCAAGUAUUACCUUGAAAAAGACAUGAAAGACAAGUUCUCCGCGCUGAAUAUCGAUAAAAAUUGUUCUGAAUUGAAUAACAAAUCUGCACAUAUUUUCUACUCCGAUCGAGGGGCAAAAGUCGAGGGAAACUCGGUGACACCGGACGAGUGGCAGGAUUUCUCCGACAAGAAUAUCUUGAAAGCCGAGCGAGAAAAGAACGCGGCGAUCAACUUGCGCAGCGUCGUGGACGGUGUUCUCAUGCAGACUUACAACGAUCUUGUGAAGCAAUUCGAUGUCGUGAACGUCGCUUUUGAAAACAGGAUCGAAGAGACGGAAAAGGCAAAGACCAAAUUGGAAACACAUUUGACAAAGGUAAACGAGGAAAUCGGCGAGAUGGAAGCGAAUAUCGAUAAGUUAAAACAGGCGAUUUACGAGAAGGAAGCGCCAAUGAAAGUUUCCCAAACUAGAUCAGAUCACAGAACGGACCGACCGAACGUGGAACUUUGCCGCGACCCGGUGAAAUAUCGCCUUAUCAGUGAAAGGAACGAAAUUAAUGUGAAUGUUACGAGGCUACAAGAAUUGUUAGCGGACGCAGAGAGUUCGUUGAAAGGUUUGAUUCGCAAUCAACUAUCGCUCGAGGAGGAUAUCGAAGUCAAGAGGAAAUCACUGCAUAUCGACAAAGAUGUUUGCGUUGAACAUCGUAAGCAAAUCAAUUACGUUCGACGUUAAUUCAGCGAGGAACUUUGAUAUGAACUGUAGAAAUUUAUGUGCAUGUAAAUUCGAUGAAAAAUUUUAUUAAUAAUACUGCUUAUUGUAGCAUUUAUGUCGCCUUAUCAAUCCAGAAACUUCAAAACUGUGGACGUUCAACUGGCAAGCAAGAAAGCAAAAAGAAAAGCGGGCGCAAGCUCGUGCAUGUGUCUUGAGCGGAGAAAUAUUGUUUUUGCGUUCUAAAAACAGAUUUAUUCUUUCGAACGAAGCAAAGUAGCAAUAUUCGCCGUGGAACGUUUUCCAAUGUAACAAAAGUAUUCUAAAAUGUAUCAAAUAUAACUGUCGCAAAAAAUAUCGCAAGCGUGGGAAAAAGAACUUUACCGUGGAAAAAGAACGUUUUUUCGUGCGAAAAGAACUUCAUCUUGCGAAAAGAACGUUUUCGUGGGAAAAACGUCAAUCGCAGCACUUAGCGUGUGAAAAAACCAGCAAACGGAUCAUA